UUUCUUUUUUAUCUGUCAAAUCGUAAAGAGAUGCACACCGGAAUAUGUUUUUGAAUAGAGGAGUAAUUUACAAAAGUAAAGGGCAAUAGCUGUUGAACGUUUCUCACUACGAUCAAGCGUGCUAGCGCAGAGCUGCUGCAAAGCGAGUCGAAGUUAUCACACCUCUAAGAAGAAUGGCUUCAGCAGUAAUUCCACAAGUCAAAGAUGUAGAUAUCGAUGCUUCAGGUGUAUUCAAGUACAUCCUUAUAAAACUGAGCAGCGCUGCCUCCGAUGGAAAACUCGUUGAUAAGCUGAUUGUUCGUGGUUAUGCUGAGUGCCCUUUCCAUGCCGAUAUUAACGAUCAAGUGACGUCUGAUCUGCAGAAACUGAAAUCGAGUAAGGUAAUACAAGAUUGGAGAACCAAGGUGUUGGGCGGAGGACGUAUUCAGCACGACCCUGAGGAUAAGAAGAUAUUGGUUUACGGGUAUUCUCAAGGUUAUGGAAAAGCUGAUCAUCAGUUAACUGUGGAUAUUUUGAAAACUGCUUAUCCUGAUUAUAGUAUUACUUACUCCGAUGAAGGAUAUUAGGAUUUAUGUUUAAUUUAGCAGUCAUUUGAAUUAUGAUUAAUAUUUAAUUUUUAUUUUGAUGUGGCAUUGAACUGAAUUAUAUAAGUUAAAAAGA